AUGGUGAGUAUAUUUCUAAAGAAGCGUGACGAGCAAGACACGGGCUUUCAACAAUCGGAGAAAAUCGAGCUUGGGCCACCAACAUAUGAUAAAAUUCAGCGGCGUCCUGCCGCGCUAUCAUCCGAAAGAGACGCUUUUGCUGAAAAAGGAAAUGGAAAAGGAAAAACGCCACAAUUGUCAGUAAACGAUUUGGACAUUGCCAACAGAUUACCACAUAAUCGAUUCUUGCAAGUGACCGUCAGCGAAUUUGAUCGAGCGAAAAUUGACAUGGGAGCCAGGACGAUCAAUAUUAAAGAAAAAUACCUUCACCCUCAAUUCGACCAAUUCACCCUCAAAAACGACAUUUGCCUCCUCGAGCUCGAAGAUUCCAUCAACUUUCACGUCUUUGCUCAGCCAGUCUGUCUGCCAGACAAGGGCUCGAGAAUCGACAAAAUCCCACUAGGAAAAGGGCCGCUUUGCUACGUCGCCGGCUGGGGGCGAAUCGGAGAGAUGGAAAAUACCGCUAGAAUUUUGCAAGAAACUCAAGUGCCGAUCGUCAACAAUACAAUAAAAUCGAUCGUCGUUCCUGAUGAAGUCAAAACCACCCUUCCGCCAACAACAACGACUACAGAACGAAGUCCCGUUGUCGGCCUCACCAAAAUGCAUUCCUUCUGCGGAAAUCCGAAGGAAAACUACAAGAUAGCAAAAAACGUCCAGGUCGGCUGCAACGAAAUCGGAUGCAAGUUUUUCUGCCCAAAAAGGAUGAAACCUUCUGUCUCGAAAGUCGGGUGCAAUAAGAAGUGGAAGAAUUUCGUGCCGAAAAGACUCAAGCGACCAAUUUUCUGCAUGGAAGAAAAGAAAAAAUCGAUCAAAGAAGAGGUCAUCCAAAGAGGAAACGAAAUGACAAGCUGCGGUAACGUGACGAAAAAGUUCAAAUUGCCAGAGUCGAUUAAUAUUGACUGCAAAAACGACAAAUGCGAUCUCACUUGCGAAAAUCCAAACAUGGAGCCUACGCUGUCUCAAAUCAAAUGCCAGCGAUCAACAGGUAAGUCGAAAAAAGGCAAAUUUAUUCCUAGACGCGCUCGGGUCAACUGCGUCGUGAAGAAAAAUUCGAAAGCAAUGAGAUCAAUGGGCUCAACUGCCGAAGAAACAUGCGGGUACCUUCCUGUCCAGAUUGCUCAGCCAGCCAGCUACUUUUGCGAGGACAUGUCCUGCCAUUUUUAUUGCCCUGAUAAUCUGACGCCAAAUCAUGCAAAAAUCACUUGCAAUCCUUGGAAGCGAUCCUGGUGGCCAAAACGAUUCAGCGUUUUCUGUGAAUAA